GCUAUGCCACAGGACCGACUGGUCGAAAUUGUGCACAGUCCUCCUAAGACUCACACGCACGAGGACAAUCGUGACCGGACCAUGCUGACCGCGGCAGGGAAUUUGACUGUUCCCCCAAUUGUCGACAAGCUUCCCCCCGAAACGACAAAACAUUUCGAUCGCUCUCCAGACACAAACGAGCUGUUCUGGUUUUCCGCUCCUCCAAUGAAUACCGCGCGAACACCAGCCCCACAGCAUAGUCUGGCGUACUUGCAUUUCUUGGCGACGAAACGCAAGAAAGAACUCGGCGAGGACUCGGACGUCAUGGAUGUCGACGGUGAAGCUGCAACAGGUCUUUCAAAUCGACAGCGCACAGUUGCGCCUCCAACAGUUACCGAAUUUCUGCAAGCAGCCAUGAAUUCAGCAUCUACCGAGUACCUUUAGACAAUUCAUCUGUUCCCAUCGGUAUGAUAACCUAAGUUGAGUUUUUUUUUGUCUGCCUGCCUCGUGCUCAUUGGUCGUCAUGCCAUACAGACUUAAUUGCUACUCAGAAG